UCAUGCUUGGCCUCUGUAGCUCGUGGCUGACCUCGGUAGUGAGUGUUUGAGCUCUACAACUUGUGCUCAAGUUUUGCACUUCGUGCUUGACUUCGGUAGCAAGUGUUUUCAGCUCAUGCUCGACCUCUGCACCUCGUGUUCAACUUUUGCACUUCAUGCUCGGCCUCUGCAGCUCGUGGCUGACCUCGGUAGUGAGUGUUUGAGCUCUACAGCUUGUUGUCACAGACCGCGAGCUCGGACGCCCAAGGGAAGGGUCCCAGCGCCAGGGUCGCAGUGCAACAUCGCGGGCUCGAUGGCCUGGCGCGCUCGCUCCGAGCGUCUAGAUGGCACAGCCGCAAGUGGAAAUGGUAGCGACGCCCAGACACGAACUAGAAUCGCGGGGAAGUCUCCAAAAGUAGCUUAUGCUAUGAAUAUUUCCGAUGAGUCUGCGAAAAUUCGUAUGGCAACCAUGUACUUGGAGCAUGAUGCCACCCUGUGGUGGAGACGCCAACAUGCUGAGAUGCAACGAGGCUUGUGCAACAUCAACACUUGGGAGGUGUUCAAGGGGGAGUUCCGUAAGCAAUUCUACCCCGAGAAUGCUGAAGAGGCGGCGAUGAAGAAGCUUCGUAUCCCCGAUAUGACUGAGAAGAAUCGGCUCCUCUACUUCAUGGAUGGACUACAGCAGUGGGCUGAGCAAGAGCUGAAGCGCCGUGGCGUUCAGGACGUUGCGUCAGCCAUAGCGGUUGCCGAAUCACUUAUCGAGUUCGGCAGGGAAGCUCCUAAGAGGGGCAAGGACAAGAAGGGCAGCUCGAGCAAAGGUGGUGGAGACAAACCGCACAAGGCCUUCAAGCCUUUCAAGGGCCCAGAAAAGGCAGGUGAUGGCGGUAAGAUGAAACCCACGGUGAGGCGGGAUUGCUACCUGUGUGGCGGUCCGCACUGGGCAAGGGAGUGCCCGCAGCGGAACAAGCUCAACGCCAUCAUCUCAGCGAUUGGGGAGCCAUCCCAAGCGGGGGAGACACAGUUGGGAGCAAUGCAAGUUCUCAACGCCAUACGGGCUAAGGUGCAGAGUGGGGGUGACGCCAAGGUCCGUGCCAUGGCUAAACAGAAGGGUGGCGGCAAGACCCUCAAAUAUGUCACUGUCAAGAUCAAAGGGAUAAGCGUCCGUGCUCUGUUGGAUAGUGGCGCUAACCAAAAUUUGAUUGCAGUGAGUCUUGCGGAGAAGCUGGGUCUGCCAUACACCAAGGAACCAGGAUGGGUGAAGGUGGUCGACAAUCCUUCUCAGCCCAUCUGUGGUGUUGCACGCGGAGAGCCCUUUAUCGACCAGCUGUUGCCUUUCACCUUCACCAAAGAUGGCUGCAUACGUUUUGAGGACAAGAACGAGAGUCACAAGGUGCCACUGGAGCGGCUACCCGCUGGAGACUGCGUCCUCUCGGCUAUACAAGUAUCUAAAGGCAUCAAACGAGGUGAGGAUACUUAUUUAGCUGCUUUAAAGGAAUAUAGUACCUCGUUUCUUGAUGUCCCACAGGAAGUUCAAGGCAUUCUCUGUGAGUUUGAUGAUGUGAUGCCCCCGGAGCUGCCAAAGAAGCUUCCACCACGGAGGGAGGUAGACCAUGCCAUUGAGCUGGAGCCUGGUUCGAAACCACCAGCAAUGGGUCUAUACCGCAUGGCUCCACCUGAGUUGGAGGAACUCCGGAAGCAACUUAAAGAGCUACUGGAUGCGGGGUUCAUCCGUCCCUCCAAAGCACCCUAUGGAGCGCUAGUGCUGUUUCAGAAGAAGCAUGACGGGACCUUCCGCAUGUGCAUCGACUACCGGGCGCUCAACAAGAUCACAGUGAAGAAAAAAUACCCCAUUCCUUUGAUUGACGACCUGUUUGACAAGCUUGGGAAGGCACGAUGGUUCACCAAGCUCGACUUGAGGUCGGGGUAUUGGCAAGUGAGAAUAGCCGAUGGGGACGAGGCAAAGACCACCUGUGUGACGCGUUACGGUGCAUACGAGUUCCUGGUGAUGCCUUUCGGCCUCACAAAUGCUCCAGCUACUUUCUGCACCUUGAUGAACAAAGUCGUCCACCCAUUCGUUGACAAAUUUGUGGUGGUAUACUUGGACGACAUUGUGGUCUACAGCGAGACGUUGGAGGAGCAUGUGCAGCAUCUUCGACAAGUCUUCCAGGUGUUGCGCGAGAAUGAGCUCUACGUGAAACCGGAGAAGUGCUCAUUUGCGCAACAGGAAGUGAUGUUCCUAGGCCAUCGAGUAGGCCACGGGAAGAUAUCAAUGGACUCGGCCAAGGUACAUGCCAUCCAAGAGUGGGAGCCUCCCAGCUCAGUCCCCGAGCUGCGAUCCUUCCUUGGCCUAGUCAACUACUAUCGUCGGUUCAUCCAGGGGUAUUCUGCAAGGGCCACACCCUUGACAGACUUGCUCAAGAAGAAGGUCUCGUGGGAGUGGACAGCGGAGUGUCAACGAGCUUUUGAGGACUUGAAGCAAGUGGUGAGCCAAGAACCAAUGCUCGCACUGCCCGACUAUGGGAGGCCUUUCGAGAUGCACACUGACGCGUCGAACUUGGCGAUUGAAGGAGUCUUGAUGCAAGAUGGCCAUCCCAUAGCGUUUGAGAGCCACAAGCUCAAUGACACGGAGAGGCAGUAUACGGUGCAUGAUAAGGAGAUGACCGCCAUCGUCCAUUGCUUGCGGGUAUGGCGUCAUUACUUGCUUGGGAGCAGGUUCGUGAUCAAGACUGAUAACGUAGCUACGAGCUACUUCCAAAGGCAGAAGAAGCUCACACCCAAGCAAGCAAGAUGGCAAGACUUCUUGGCUGAAUUCGACUAUGUGAUGGAAUACAAGCCUGGGCGGGUUAACGUUGUGGCAGAUGCGCUGAGCCGCAAGGCUAUGUUCGCCUCCAUUAGUCGACCUGAGGGUAACAUACUGGAUCGUGUCAAGGAGGGCCUGGCACAUGAUCCCUUUGCUAAGAGUCUUAUGGAGUUGGCUCGUGAGGGCCUAUGUAAGGACGUGCCUGGUGUGCCAGCAAGACAAAAUCGAGCAGCGGCAACCUGGGGGCUUCUUGGAGCCCCUGCCAGCCCCAGAAUGCCCAUGGGACGAUCGGGAUCCGAGGUUCACGGGGAAGUUUUGGAGGGAACUUUUCAAGUUCAUGGGAUCAGACCUCCACUUUUCCACGAGCUUUCAUCCGUAGACGGACGGGCAAACGGAGCGGGUGAAUGCAUUACUGGAGCUCGGAGUGAGGCCACCCAGCAAAGCCCCUUCGAGAUCGUGACAGGCCAACAACCGUUGCCACCUCACUCUGUGACGCGAGGUUAUACUGGUGCAAGUCCUGCUGCAUACAACUGGGCAAAAGAUUGGCAGGAGCAGCUGGAUGUGGCUAAAGUUUACCUGGACAAGGCCUCCAAAAAGAUGAAGAAGUGGGCAGACAAAAAGCGACGGCCGUUGGAAUUCCGAGUGGGCGACCUUGUGAUGGUGAAGCUACCAGCCCAGCAGUUUAAAGCCUAUCGACAAGUCCACAAGGGGCUGGUGCGUCGAUACGAGGGACCCUAUCCGAUUCUGGGAAAGGUAGGAAAGGUGUCUUAUCGUGUCGAUCUUCCACCAAAGCUGAAGAUACACCCGGUAUUCCACGUGAGCCUGCUCAAGCCAUUCCAUGGAGACCUUGAGGAUCCAGCACGAGGAGUGUCACAACGAGCACCACCAGUGACAAUAACCUCGUAUGACAAGCAAGUGAGUGAGAUCUUAGCCGAUCGAAUCAUUCGGCAACGGGGAGUUCCCAACCACACAGAGUACCUGGUCAAGUGGAAGGAUCAGCUCGAUGAUGAGGCCAGUUGGGGAUGCGAGGAAGACUUGUGGCAGUUCACCAGCGCCAUCGAGGCCUACAAGGCCAGGAAGCUUGACGAGGGCGUCAAGAGCUUUGGUGGGGGAGAGUGUCACAGACCGCGAGCUCGGACGCCUAAGGGAAGGGUCCCAGCGCCAGGGUCGCAGUGCAACGUCGCGGGCUUAACGGCCUGGCGUGCUCGCGCCGAGCGUCUAGAUGGCACGGCCGCAAGUGGAAAUGGUAGCGACGCCUAGACACGAACUAGAAUCGCGGGGAAGUCUCCAGAAGCAGCUUGUGAGGAGGGCUAAGGCCCAGAACAGUGGUCCAAGAUAAGGCCGUGAACAGUAGUCCGGAUAAGGACGUGAACAGUAGUCCGACCUGGGCUGCUUGUAGAUAAGUCUAGAGUAAGGAGAAUUCUAGAAUAAGGACAGGUGGGAGGAUUUGGGAGUGUUCCAGGAAGUGUACAAUAUGAGAACUCUUUGGGAAUGCUCUAGAACCUCUGUCUGGGGUGGCUGGCCUCCUCUAUAAAUAGGAGGAGCCUUA